CUGCAGGAACCCAAAGCAGACAGAAGGUAUGUAUGAUAUCUGCACCAAGCUGAAAUUUACACUGAUUUGAAGUUUGUUAAGUUAUGUAAAUACAUGUGGUAAAACUGUACAUCGAUUCACUAUUGCUCUAUUGAAUGGAACUCUAUAUUUACUGUCUCGUACUUCCUUAUCGAAGUUGAAGGCCAAGAGUCCAGUUAAUUGAUUGAUUGUAUAUUGUUUAACGUCCCACUCGAUAAUUUUUCACUCAUAUGGAUAAAUCACAAUUGACGGUGAAGGGCUGCAAGAUUUGGGUCUAUGUUCGGUGCUUACGGCCUUCAGCAGGGAGUGAUCUUCAUCGUGCAACACCUACUUUGGUUUUUGUGGUCUCAUCCGAAGGACCGCCCCAUUUAGUCGCCUUUUACAACAAGCAAGGGGUACUGAGGACCUAUUCUAACCCGAAUCUUCACGAGAUAGUUGACUUUGUAUUGAUACCAUAUUCAGAAUUGUACGUGUCUUAAGCCCCGUUCACAUGCGCUGAUAUGCAAAAUUUGCACCCGUGUGUAAAAGUAUAUUUGUUCACAUGGUACUUAACAAAUUAGGGUCAACUGGCAAUGAUUCUCCAAGUUUGAUAAAGAUAGCGGAUUAUUUACACCCGGGUGCAGAUUUUGCAUAUAUACAGAAUUUGCAUCCCGUGAGUAAAUCAGGGCAUGUGAACGGGGCUUUAUUUUCGAAUAUGCUUAUAAGAUUCAAUACUAAAAAGAUUUCCCUAUAAUUUUGAUUCCUGGUAUAGCUAACAUGAGCAUUACAUAGUCUAUCAAUGUAAUACUUUAUUUUGAUACAUUUGCAUGAGUACUGAUGCACAGGGUAAUAAAAAUUAUAGGUCAUAAGUUUUGUCACGUUACUUGAAAAUUGUGUGUAAUAUGUGCAAUGUUUAUCUAUUAUUCAUUUCAAAUUGUUCGAGGACAGCUACAAACAUAGACGCUAAGCAUGAAAUCUUCCUGGGUAGGCUUUAAGCUUCAGAUAAAGGUACACAACAGCAACCCCCUCUUCACCGACAAAGAAAACAGCUUUGAUUUUUCGCCAUGGCUUCCCCCUCCCAUCAUGCAAUUCAUCUUCACCAGGGAGAUAUCAACUUUACAGAGCGUGCUACAGAUGCGUGGCUACAUUUUGGAGUUUGAUGGAAAACAAAUCGAUGUGUCGUAUGUUUCAGGGAAAAUACCAAGAUCUCUUUAUUGCAUUGGCAACAGUUUAUAUAAUGUCAUGUCUGGGUUUGUUACCAGAUAUGACACACGUCCAAUUUUGAUACCGACAAAAUUUGGGAAAAUCGAUUUCAAGAAGAUGUCCUUACAAAACGUCAUGGUCACUUGGGACGAAGAGAAGACUUGUUAUUGGUUGAGUGGUGCACAGGAAGAUGUGAACGAGGCAUACAGCACUGUCCAAAGUCAACACCCAUCUCUCUGGAAUGUGCCCGAGGAUGUGUCAUUUAAAACCGAAAAUGAAUGGGCAGACAUUCGAAUAGCCAUCACAUUUGACAACAUGGUCCAUAGAUCCUGUUUAAUCAUUGAAGCAUCUCCGUUCAUUUCUCGUCCAAAACUUCAUUUUGUCUCUGCUGAACAUUCCAUUGACAAAAUUGUAAAGGCGGCUAAAAUUCAAAUUUUCCGGGACCAAACGUCAUCAAAAGCUGAUGUCCAUCAAUUAGGAGCCAUCGUGGUUGAAGCGAUUAACAUGUUAGUGCAUAUAACAUCAACGAUAGAUUGUAAAGCCAUAAAAGUUAUCCGUUAUGACGAAAACACGAAAGAAAAACUUCCGGCAUCAUACGGAAACGUGAGUUGUUUGUGGGAGAAAGAUUCGUCUGCUGUGUGGAUAACGGGAUUGAGGUCGGAUGUGUCAUCGAACUUCGAGACUAUACAGUUAUUUAUAGAGAACGGCACUAAGCUUCCAGAGUAUAAAUCAAAGUCUCACAAACAGGCAGAUGCUGAGGAAGGACCUGCUCAAGGGAGUAAAUUCAGAAAAGAGAUACGCAAAACUGACAAUGAUUUGUACGCCGUGGACGAGGGAAACACUGAAGUCGAAACAAGCGAAAUGAAAACAGCAGAAGGAAUAAUCGUCAAAGUAUACUCAGGAGACAUUACACGCUUACCAGUAGAGUGUAUAGUUAAUGCCGCCAAUACAGAUCUUGUCCAUGCAGGAGGAGUAGCUAAAGCCAUCACAGAAGCAGCUGGUGCAGAAUUUGGGAAGGAGAGCAAGGCCUACAUAAAAAACCAUGGUUCAUUGUCAGUCGGGACUUGUUGUGUGACGUCAGCAGGAAAACUACCUUACAAGUACGUUAUUCACACCGUGGGUCCUACAUGGGAAGACUACAAACAGAAAGAAAAAAGAUACUGUUUCAGCGAUCUUCAAGAGGCGGUGGAAGUCACCUUCAGAAUGGCGAACAAAUUAAAGCUGAAAUCAUUGGCUAUUCCAGCCAUCAGUUCUGGGAUAUUUGGUGUUCCCAAGGAAAAAUGUACAGAACAAUAUUACAAAGCAAUCGUGUCCUUCGGUAGACUGUUUCCUGAUGCAAGUCUUCGAGAAAUCCAUUUCGUUUCCAUAGACCGUCAAAUGGUCAGUCUUAUUAAAUCAACGUUUGAGAAACACUUUGAAUCGAAAAUCGAUCCCACGAAAGCAACACCUCCGAGGCCAUCAUUAAAUGACAGUAGUGGAAAGGGUCGAAGCGGAAGUCCGCCCAAUGGUGAGAAAGAUGGAGAGAGCAUGAUUUUCGAUGUAACCGACACUACAAGUCUUUCUUUGAAGGUUGGAAAUAUUGCUUCUUGUGAAGGUUCAGCUAUAGUAUGCCCACAGGACAAGCACUGCAAGUCCAAGGGGCAAAUUGCUCGAGCAAUAUCCGAGAGACUUGGAAAUAUGGAGCAAGAGAUGACCAGUGUUAUAACACGAGAAAUUUAUUCUUUUGGUAAAGUAAUCCGAGUGAAACAAGAGAUCACAGUGCCGUGGGAGUACAUUCUACAUGUUGUAUGCCCAAGGAAAGAUAAGGCUGAAUCCCUAUAUCAAUUUGAGCAGGAAUUGACGCAAACAAUUAGGAAUGUGUUCGAAGAGGCUGAAAAACAUAAGCUGAAGAAACUAGUGUGCCCCCUUCUUGGAGCAGGUCUUCCAACUUUUAAUGAUAUCAACGAGACUUGCGCAAAAUGCCUUGUUGGCGUUCUGAAGGGUUUAGAAAAGGGAAAGUGUCCAUUGAAGGACGUCUCAGUUGUUGUGGUAUCCGUACCCAUUUUUAACACUUUAAGAAGAGCGCUAACAGACGCAGGCUUCCGCGCCAGAGAGACUUCUAAAUCCGAUUGCCGGAUUCACUCCCGUGAUGCAAGACCAACAUCAAACCCUACGAUAUGCUCUUCUUGUCACUUGUCGCGAAAGGGAACAACUAGCGUAAAACAUCCGACGUCUCCAGACAUAAAGGUAGAAUGCUGCGACAUUUGUUCAGAAAAGCUAGUAAAUCCUAAAACGCUACACAAAUGUGGCCACGUCUUUUGCACCAGAUGCAUUGAUCGUCAAUUUUUAUAUCAUCCGAAAUGUCCAACAUGCGGCAAGACGUAUGAACCCUUUAAAGGCGAUCAGCCGUUUGGAACCAUGGGAAUUAUAAAGAAUCCAAGAAAACUUCCUGGCUAUGAACAGUCUGACGGAACCAUUGUGAUAACAUACACAUUUAAUGAAGGUUAUCAAAUGUCUUCACAUCCUUCGCCCGGGAAUGAAUAUGCUAGUAUCACCCGUAAAGCAUACGUCCCAAACACUCCCAAAGGACAGUUGGUGACGCGCCUUCUUAAUGUCGCCUUUAGCAGACGACUUUUGUUCACUGUUCUUCCGUCUGCUACCAAAUCAACCGAAGGAAGCAUUGUGUGGAAUGGCGUCCAUCACAAAACCAGCUGGGAAGGAGGUGUUAAAAAAAAUGGUUACCCCGACAGUACUUACCUAGACCUAGUUCUGGAUCAACUGUACGCCAAAGGUGUUACCAAAGAAAGCAGCAAAACUCCCAAGGAAUAUCUGGAGUUCUCCCGCUUUCAAAACUAGAGCGUUUCAUCGUGGGGGUAUACUUAGCUGUUAUUUCAUAUGAUUAAAUAUUUAGCUGUUAUUUCAUAUGAUUAAAUAUUUAGCUGUUAAUUCGAUGUUAUUUGAUGUUAUUUCAUAUGCUAUUAAGUAUUUUGAUGUUAUUUCAUAUGAUAUUAAGUAUUUUGAUGUUAUUUCAUGAUAUUAAGUAUUUUGAUGUUAUUUCAUAUGAUAUUAAGUAUUUUGAUGUCAUUACAUAUGAUGAAGUUAUUUGGAUUUUAUUUCAUAUGAUUAAGUUACUGAGGUGUUAUCUCAUAUAAUCAAGUUAUUUAGGUGUUAUUUGAUAUAAUUAAAUAACUUAUAGAUGUUAUUUCAUAUAAUGAAGUUAUUUAGGUGUUAUUUUAUAAAAUCAAUUUAUUUAGAUGUUAUUUCAUAUGAUUAAGGUUUUUGAAAAUAAUUAUAGUGCCGUUUUCCUGUCUGUAGUUGCACAAUAAUUUAUUCAAUGAAACAUUCAUGUUGGUGUAAUUUUGUUUUAUCCAAUAAGAACUUUACUUGUUAUAUGCAUAUAUCAUUUAGCUAUACCUGUUAAUCCCCGUUAAAGACUUCCUGUCUGGCCAAAUGCCAGAGUAAGCUGGUGCCAUUAUUGGUGUCCAUCGUCUGUCAUCGGUGUUUACAACUUAAUCUUCUCCAGAAUGGAUGCAUACUUGGCCACCAUACUUGACAUAAAUAUUCCCUAAUUGUUUCAGAAAUAGUGCUUUUAUUUCAGUAGCAAGUCCACCAUGAUUUUUGAUUGACAGAGACAAAAAUACUUUCCUCUUCAGAACUGCUUCAUGAAGUGACCUUGUUUGUUACAAAGUGAUACCAAAGAGAUUUUCUGUGUGAACCCAAAUAGCCUCUAUGUUUUGAUUAACUCAUAAAAAAAUCGACUUUUCCUCUGCAGCUACUGAAUAUAAAGUUCUGUUUAUUA